AUGACAGAUCGUUAUAUCCCCGAGCACCGCCGAACACAGUUCAAGGCCAAGGGCCAGUUCCGCCCUGAUGAACUCCGCCGCCGCCGCGAGGAGCAGCAGGUGGAGAUUCGCAAGCAGAAGCGCGAGGAGGGUAUGGCCAAGCGUCGCGGUGUUCAGACUAGCGAUGGUGGUAUCGGUAUCGGUGGCAUGGCGGCCGCCACUGAGAGUGACGAUGAGGCCAGUGCUAUUGAGAGCGAGCUCAACGUCGAACUCCCCCAGAUGGUAAAGGGCGUUUUCUCCGAACAGGUUGAGGAGCAAAUCCAGGCCACUACUAAGUUCCGCAAAUUGCUUUCCAAGGAGCGCAACCCUCCUAUCGAGCGUGUUAUCGAGACCGGCGUCGUUAGCCGCUUUGUUGAAUUCCUUCGCUCCCCUCACACCUUGGUUCAGUUCGAGUCUGCCUGGGCCCUGACCAACAUUGCUUCUGGUUCGGCCCAGCAGACCCAGGUCGUCAUCGAGGCUGGCGCUGUGCCCAUCUUCGUUGAGCUUCUCGCUAGCCCGGAGCCUGAUGUUCGGGAGCAAGCCGUUUGGGCCCUUGGUAACAUUGCUGGUGACAGCCCUCACUGCCGUGAUUUUGUUUUGGGUGCCGGUGCUCUGCGUCCGCUCCUGAACCUCAUUAACGAUGGUCGCAAGCUGAGCAUGCUCCGCAACGCCACUUGGACCCUAAGCAACUUCUGCCGUGGCAAGACUCCUCAGCCUGACUGGAACACUAUUGCCCCUGCUCUCCCCGUUCUUUCUAAGCUCAUUUACAUGCUUGACGAUGAAGUUUUGAUUGACGCUUGCUGGGCCAUCUCCUAUCUUUCCGAUGGUGCCAACGACAAAAUUCAGGCCGUCAUUGAGGCCGGCAUCCCCCGCCGCCUUGUGGAGCUCCUUAUGCACGCUUCCACCUCUGUCCAAACCCCUGCGCUUCGCUCCGUGGGUAACAUCGUCACCGGUGAUGAUGUUCAGACCCAGGUCAUCAUUAACUGCGGCUCCCUCCCCGCCCUUCUGUCCCUACUGAGCUCCACUAAGGAUGGCAUCCGUAAGGAGGCUUGCUGGACUAUUUCCAACGUCACUGCUGGAAACUCCACCCAGAUUCAGUCCGUCAUUGAUGCUGGUAUCGUUGCUCCAUUGAUCAACCUGCUCGCCAACGGUGACUUCAAGACCCGCAAGGAGGCCUGCUGGGCUAUUUCCAACGCCACCUCCGGUGGUCUGCAGAAACCCGAUCAGAUCCGCUACCUCGUCUCCCAAGGCUGUAUCAAGCCUCUCUGCGACCUUCUCGCCUGCCCCGAUAACAAGAUCAUCCAAGUUGCUCUGGACGGCCUUGAGAACAUCCUGAAGGUUGGUGAUAUGGAUAAGGAGGCUGGUUCGGGUGAGGCCCGUGUCAACCGUUAUGCCCUCUUCAUUGAGGAGGCCGGUGGCAUGGAGAAGAUCCACGACUGCCAGAACAAUGCCAACGAGGAGAUCUACAUGAAGGCUUACAACAUCAUCGAGAAGUACUUCUCCGAUGAGGAUGAGGCUGCUGGUGACAUUGAUGAGCUCGCACCUCAACAGACCCAGACCGGUUUCGCCCUUGGCACUGGUCAGCAGCAGCCCGCUGGUGGCUUCAACUUCGCUAACGGUGGUGACUCCAUGGACAUGUAA